AAACAAAAAAAAAAAAAAAAAAAAAAGCUCCGAGGCCCGAAACUCGAGAAAACCCUAAUUCCUCCUUAGCUCUUUUCAUGGCUGCCGUUGCCGCCGACGGCGACCCUCCGUUGCCUGAACCUCCUGACCCGCCCGAUCCUCCUAACCAUCCCUCCUGCUUCGUUCUAAUCUCCAUCUCCAAUCCAUCACCCAUCUCUCCUCCCUUUACACAUUUCCACCUUCCACUUUCUUUGGAUCCAGUUCUAGAUCUUGGUUCUUCCGCUUCUUCUUUUGGUGGUUCCCCUUUCGCUUCUUUGCGAAUCUUUACUGCUGUGUGCAGUCCCUGGUUUCAGACCUGUUCCCAGAUCUGUCUCCUAUCCGUCGGUUCUCAAGCCAAAGCUGUUGGUAAUGUUGUUUCUCCGCCGUUGUGGCCUGUGACGAGAAGACUCAUGUUCCUGCAAUCUGGUUCUGACGUGUCUCCGGCUCCCCUUGCCUCCGUUCCCAGCCGCUCGUUCCGCCUCUCCUCCACAGUGUCUUCGAAGUGGGCAUGGGCCAAGAAUCCCUUAGUGGGCUUUAACCCCAUCGCCAGUCUCUCCAUCAUUUUAAAGGCCAUGGCUUUCACGGGUUUCAUAGGUUGAAAGGCCUCCCCCGAUGAAUCUGGAUAUGUUGGGUAUUUGGUGCCCUGGUAGCUCUUUAACAGAGCAGUUUCUCUUCCCAAAAUUCCCUCCAAUGUGGAGUGGUUUGGAUGUCGAAGCGUUGUCGGUAUUGCAAGGAUCCUCCUCCCGGCUGAAGCUUUUAUCUGCCUUUGAUGCAGAUUAUGUAAUCUCUCGGGUUACGACGGAUGCAGUCUUUCAAGAAUCUAUGGAGAUCGUUCUUGUUGUUCGAUUUCCUUUGUGUUAUUCUUAUGAUUUGUAUCGCCUAUCCAUCUAUCUUUUAACCAUUGUUAUAUGGUA